AUGACGGAGUUCAUAAACUACGAAGUGACCCUUCAAUUUAAAGACGGAGGGGACGUGAGGGGCAGAAUUUCUCACGUAGAUGGCAACCUGAUCACUCUAGACAACAAGAAAUUCCCCAAUGCGAGGAUCAAGGAUUUAAAAGUCACCCAGUUACCUCCAGACUUCAACAAGGAGAACAAGAAAAAGAAAAAGGCAAAACCAUUAGAGCAAAUUGACGAUGCCAUUGUUUCAGUGUCCAAAUCUACUUCUCGAAGCGGAACUCCCAGAACGAAGGAACCGCUGUCAGAUUGGUCCUCAAAUGUUCAGGAUAUUAAGGCAUCUGAAGAGUUUGAUUUUGCUGCUAACUUGGCGAUGUUCGAUAAAGCCUCUGUCUUUGCUGAUUUCCAGAAAAAUGAUAAAGUAAGCGUGCAAGACAGGCUUGUGGGACACAACAAGAAGGACAACGUUCAGGCUCAGAAAAAACAGACCCCCAACGAUAAAUUCGAUAAUGAUGAAAUGGUCAUUCCAGCGGGCAAACAAGAUAACUGGAACAACCUUGGCUCUUCCACAAAGAGAAUCACGCUGCCUUUGGAGGCAUCCAGAGCAAAUAGCAUUCCAUCGCUUCUAGCCAGAGAGCUGUUCUCCUCGAAGCCUCACAAGUUUACUUUUCCCGAUAAAUCAACAGUUCCUACAGCCACUCCUGUGCAGCUUCUUGAAAUAGAAAGAAUUGCCGGUGAAACAUUUUUGUACAAUCAGAAGUCUAUGAUUGAGACCACUGCAUUGAACUUGUACAACCUCGUGGUCAAGGAGAUCCUUGGCGGAGCUGUUCGUCUAAGCAACAGGAAAAAUCACAACUUGCCGCCUUUGGUGUUGCUUUUGAUUGGCAACGGAAGGUCAAGUAGCCGUGCAUUUGCUCUUGGGCGCCAUUUAACCAAUCAUGGCGUUCGUGUUUUGGCAUACGUGAUUAACGACGCAGACUUGGAUGAGGAAACGCGUCGUGAAAGCGAAGUAUUUGAAAAAUUUGGUGGCAAGUGUAUCUCAUCUGAAUUCUCCGUGUUGUUGGAUAUCUUGAACAACCAGCUCGAGACCCCGGUAGAAUUGAUUGUCGAUGCAUUGCAAGGCUUCGAAGGCCACCUACUUGACAUGUUUUACUCCGAAGAAAAUCUCCAGACUCUCAAAGAGCUCUCUCGCUGGGCGAACGAGCCAAAACAGAGAUCUCGCGUGCUUUCUCUAGAUGUUCCCUCAGGCAUAGAUGGUGGGUCCGGCACUGUUGCUGAUCCUGACCUCGUGUUACACAGCCGAUUUAUUGUGUCGUUGGGUUUGCCCAUCAGUGGCUUGCUACAUGCAUACAACAAUCGACUGAUUGGUGCUGGCCACGACGACGUGUCGCACUACGUAGUCGACGCUGGCAUCCCCAAUGCGUUAUACAAUGUGAGAGCCAACGUGAGAAAAUUCGACAAGUUCUGGUACUGUGCCGAGCUGUACAUGGGCAUUGGCGUUGCAGAGCAGUCUUAG